UGCGCAUGUUGAACUGCAGGCCACCUCGCUACUCCCUUCUCCAACGGGCAGUACCGCCUCCGUCAGCAGUUACUCAGCCCCUUGCCAGCCGUUUCCCCGCCUUCUACUCAGUAGCAGGCAGGGUCUACACCAGCAGCCGGGUCCUUCCCUCCAACGGCGGACUUUACUACGAUUCCAUAGUAAGAUGAGCAAUGCGUCUUUGACAGGUGAGUACAACAAAGUUGCUGACGCACUGUCGCGUAGGCCAGACUUCUCUGGUGCGCUGAUCACUGAGUUUGGGCUUGCGGACGAUGUCACUUGCUCUUUGGUGGAAGCCUAUCACGAGGACCAGUUCAUGUCCGAGAUCAUAUGCAGACUCGAGGCGAAGGACAAAGUGACUUCUGCCGAGUUUGAGUUGGUCAACGGCUUGCUGUUCCUUGAGAAGGCCGGGAAUAAACGUUUGUGUGUUCCCAAUAGAGAGUCUUUGCGUAGUUUAUUUUUAGGUGAGAGUCAUGAUGCCACGGGACAUUUUGGUUUCAAGAAGACUGCAGCCAAUCAGUUGCAGCGGUUCUGGUGGCCCACGAUGAUGAGAGAUGCUAAACUGUAUGUCGAGACUUGUCAAGUUUGUCAACGUGACAAGCCCUGGACACAGGCUCCUCUUGGGCUGCUCAAGCCCCUUCCCAUUCCGGAGAGGCCUGGUGAAAGCCUGUCCAUGGACUUCAUGGAUACGGUAGUCACCAGCAAGAGUGGCAUGAGGUACAUCUACGUCAUUGUGGAUAGAUUUAAUAAGUAUGCUAGGUUAGUGGCCAUGCCAGAAACAGCAAAGGCCGAGUACGUUAUCAAGCUAUUUAAGGAAAACUGGGUCAGAGACUUUGGCCUGUCUGAAGUCUAUAAUCAGCGACAGGCUUAUCGAAAGCCUCUUUAUGGAGAUUGCUUUCUCGAGGUUUCCUACAUUUACUCUGGUGGGAGAGGACGUAUUGAGAUAUUGAUUGGAGCUUCAGGCGAUAUCAUUCUUGCGGAGGAGUUUUAUCUCAGGAGCGUCGCAGACGAGGAGAUGGCUAGAUGCAUGGCCUACAUCUACAAGAUUGAUCCAGCAGCGCCUCUCGACAUCAGCUACGUGGUUCCAGAUGUUCGCAGUACCUCGAAGUAUGAGCGCAUGGAGCUAAUCCAAGAGGCGAUGUCCCCCUUCCUGUCGUACUUGGAUGGCAGAGUGGCUGCCCUCUUGUCCACUACGGGACCGCUGUAUUGUACGCCAGUAAGAACUGUGGCGUUUUGGGUUGAUGUUCCUGCAUUUGGAACUAGGACCAGUGCAGAACUGUCGGCGCUGCCGCUUGAGGAGCUGGCACCAGUUCUUGCGCUCGUCACAGUUCCACUUGCUCUCGUCAUGAGGAUUGUGUUAGGGUACCGCAGCCACGGCCAGUGUGAUCAAGACAACACACAGUUGGGAGUCUUUGUUCUGCAGGACAACAGGUUUCGAUGGCUAACAAGGAUCUCUGUAGAUAUGCCUUCUUCAGCUACGAUUCCAGGGCUUUCAUCCUCCAGCUUUGGAUCAUCAGAGAUUACUAGCCCUCGUCAUCACCAGCCAGUGAGAGUGAUGUCUGCUGCAGGACAGUACUUGUACUUUCCUUGCGGCUUGAUCCGUGGGGCACUCACUAACCUUGGGGUCUCCUGCACAGUGUCUGCUGAAGUCAGCUCACUUCCUACAUGCUCAUUUACUAUCCGCAUAAAGUCCUGAACGUGCAGAUGAGUUGCUAUGAAAGGUAUUGGAGUUAGUUUUCUUCGGCGGAUUUAUUGUGCUACAUGUACCCUGUCAGGUUAGACAAGAGGGGAUCUCCAGCUAAUCUGAUCAGGGCCCGUUCGAUAAGUCAGUCCUCUCUUCCGUUUAUAUUUUUUAUUAUUAUUAUUCUUUUCUUUAUUCUGAUGCGUGUCAUUCUCCAAGUCCAAAUGAAUUGCCGCUCCGGCU